AUGUCUUCCAACGUCGGCAGCAGCGGAGUCUACGAGGCGGGCGACCAGCGCCCCCACGGCGAGCAGAACAACGGCCCCCGCUACGAGGAGGGCAAGGAGCACUCCCACAACCCUCUCGACUCGAAGGACGAACGCUCCAUUGCCAACCGCCUCGCCAACGAGGAGCGCAAGGAGAAGGAGGGAGACCAGGACACCCCUGAGGUCGCCGCCCUCAAGGAGGACCCCACUGCUCCCGCCAGGAUGCACGGCAACAAGCCCUCGCGUGGCGCCGAGAUUGAUGCCGAGAUCCAGAGAGAGGAGCAGGAGUACCUCGAGCGCAAGGGCAAGGCUUAA